UCUGAAAAAAACAACAAAAAAACUUUAUUCAAAGAAAAAAAGAUUUUAACUUGCUUAAAUUAACAUUAUUUGUUUAAAAACUACUAAAACAAAACGCCUUGAACCUGAAACUCGUAAAGAAUGGGAAAGGGUAAGAAGAAAGGAGAUAAGCAAGAUGACGGAUAUAAGCCAUCGCAAUCAUCUCAAGAUAAUUCUCAAAGACCGAAUCAACAACAACGGGAAAAUCCACAGCAAUCAAGACCACACCAACAAAAUCCACAGCCUAGACCUCAACAACCGAGAGAUAAUCCCCAAAAACAGCAGAAGCAGAAAGAAUAUAACAAUUGGGAUUGUUUGAGUUGUGGAUAUGUGAACUAUAGCAACAACGUCCAAUGCAGACAAUGCUCUAAGCCAAAAGGAGGUUUUCAAGAAGCUGGAACUUCACAGCAAUUUACAGAACAGUCUCGGCCACAAAAACAAGCUCAAAAGAAAGAACAUGUUCAACAGCCUAUAGUACAAGCAGUUCAACAGCCAAAACCACAAGCAGUUCAACAGCCAAAACCACAAGCAGUCCAGCAACAGCCUAAACAAGAGGUAAUUCCUCAAAAGCAGCCUGAAAUUGUUAAACAAGAAGCUCAAAAUCCACAAGCAGAGCCGUCAAAGAAGGCUAAUAAGGAUAAACAAGGUCAAGGCAAAGGAGUCUGGUUUUGUUUAAAAUGUGAACAGAAGAAUUUUGAUAGAUUCGAUGCAUGCAAGAAAUGUAAGGUGCCAAGACCAAAGGAAGUUCCAGUUGAGCCAACUCCAAGUCCUUCUCAAAUGUCAAGAGAACCAACACCACAAUUUGCACAGUCAACAUUAGAUGCAUCGAUGCCUGAUGUCCAACAAUUACAGAUUUCUUCAACUAAAAAAUUUAGUGGCUUAAUUGAAUCAAGUCCAGAUGGUAGAGUUUACGAAGGAAAGAGAGGCAAAAAAUGCACAGUCGAAGUAAAUUAUGCUACGAUUAAUUUUGUUAAUCUGCCCAAAUCAUGCUUCCAUUAUGAUGUAACAUUUCUUCCUGAAACUCCCAAAAAAAUGCUUCCUGCUGCAUUACACGAAUUCAUGCGAACAAUUUUUGGUGGCUAUUUUUAUGGAUUUGAUGGUCGAAAGAAUAUGUAUACUAAUCAAAAACUAAAAAUGAAGGGAAAUGAAGUCGAUUUGUAUAGUGCAAAAGUUGUAGCUCAUCUUGGAGACCGCUCUCGCGAAUACGAAAUCAAGAUUCAAUGUGUCUCUGAAGUGGAUAUGGGAGUUCUUCUAACAUACAAAAGAGCUGAGAAUCAUAACAUUGACAGACCUGCUAGAGCAAUUCAAGCUUUGGACAUAAUUUUGAGAUCUGCAUUUCGACGUAAUAUUGAUAAUGGAACUGCAAUUCCAACGGGCAGAGCUGUUUUCUUUGUGCCUAAUCGAAAGAGCGAUUUGGGUGAUGGAAUGGAAUUGUGGCUUGGUCUUUUUCAAUCAGCUAUUCUCGGUCGUGCAAAGAUUUACUUGAAUGUUGAUGUUUUGCAUAAAGCUUUUCCUUCAGCUUUGCCUGUUGUAGAUCUUUUGAGAACAACUGACCGAGACGGACGAAUUUCUGAUAUCCCUCAUAGUUUGGACCAAAGAGGAAGAGAUAGAUUGGAAGAAUUUUUGCAAAUGCUCUCUGUUGGAUAUCGCUUGAAUCGUAAUGAACCUUACAAAACGUAUGGAUUUAAUGGUCUUGGAGAUGAAGCAUCAAAAGCUAAAUUUGAACACAAUGGAAAGCAAAUCACUGUUCAACAGUACUUUGAAAAUGAGAAGAAAAUCCGAUUGAGAUUUCCUAAUUUGCCGGUUCUGUGGGUAGGAAGUAAAGUUAAAAAGACCUACUUACCGAUCGAAUUUUGUGAAGUGCCUCCGGGACAAGCGACAAAUAAAAAGUGCACACCAAAUGUUACUCGCGGCUUGAUAAGAUAUUCAGCAACAUCGACUGAUGAAAGAAAGAGAAAGAUUAGAGAAUUGCUUGAUAAAAUCAAUUAUGAAAUCGAUCCAACAGUUAAAGGAUUUGGAAUUAAAGUUGAUAAAACGUUUGAGAAGACUGAAGCUCGUGUCAUUGAUCCACCAAAGCUUAAAUAUAGGAACAAUGCACUUGUGACUCCAGACAGAGGUGUAUGGAAAGAAGAUAAGUUCCUGGAAGUUAACCAUAACAAAAUUAAGUGGUGCAUUUUAAAUGUUGAUUUUCGCACUGACAUACACAAAUUAAAUACUUUGAAAAAUGAAUUAAUUAAGGAAGCAAUAAGACAAGGGAUUCAACUUGAAGAUGUGUCCUCACGUGAAAUGAUUACUGUCAACUUAAGAGAUCGAAAUACUAGACUUGAAACUAUUUUCGAAGAUAUGAAACGAAAUGGAUAUCAAUUAAUUGUGGCUGUUGUUACUGAUUUUGACAAUGCAUAUCCUCGUGUUAAGCAGGCUGCGGAACUAACUGUUGGUAUACUUACACAAUGCAUUAAAGCAAAUACUGUCGCAAGAAUUAAUUCUUCAACAAUAAAGAACAUUCUUUUGAAGCUUAAUGCAAAAUUAAAUGGCAAGAAUCAUGAAAUUGAGGAAAUCUCUUAUAAAACGAUAAACUCUGCAACUUCUGGAGUUAUGUUUGUUGGAGCUGACGUGACACAUCCAAGUCCAGAUCAAAGAAGUAUUCCUUCUGUUGUUGGAGUUGCUUCAAGCUACGAUCAAGUUGGUUUUAGAUAUUGCUGUGCAUGGAGACUCCAAAAUCCGAAAGAAGAAAUGAUUAGUGACUUGGAAGAGAUCUUAGUGGAGCAUUUGAAGUAUUAUGCAACGAAAAAUAACAAAAAGUUGCCAGCCAAGAUUAUGUAUUAUCGUGAUGGUGUUUCUGAUGGACAAUUCAAGGAAGUACUCGAGAAAGAAAUGACUGCAAUAAGAGGAGCCUUAAAAAGAAUGUAUGGAACGAACAAGCAUGCUGAAGUUACAUUCAUUGUCGUUCAAAAACGUCAUCAUACACGAUUUUUCCCGACUGAUAAAAGAUUCUCGGACGGAAAAAACAAUAAUAUCAUGCCAGGAACCGUAGUUGAUAAAGAUAUCGUCCAUCCAUUCCAAUAUCAGUUCUUUUUGGCAUCUCAUGCUGCAAUUCAGGGAGUCGCAAAGCCUACAAAAUAUUGCAUUUUGGUUAAUGAAUCAAACAUUCAACCCGAUGACUUACAAGCUGUUACUUAUGAUUUGUGUCAUCUUUUCACGCGAUGCAGCCGUUCAGUUUCUUAUCCAGCACCAACUUACUAUGCUCACUUGGUUGCUGCUCGAGGCAAGAAUUACAUUAUUGGCAGAAAUUUGAACAUGAAUAAACUCCAAGAUGAAUUCAGACGUUUGCAAAUUAAUCCAGCCUUUAUUCAAAGCACACCAAUGUUCUUCGUUUAAAUUCGUGAUUUUUCUUA